AGCCGCUUGGUCCCCCGCGCGCGUUUAGGGUGAAUCGAAAGGGGGCACCCUCGAGAAAGGGCGGGGCCCCGUACAAAAGGGGCCCUGAAAGAAACCAACCCCUGGGUGGAGUUAACACCCCGUAUAUAUGCUUGAGCGGUGGUCCUUCUGGGUGCAGAGCACGUUAUACUAUCGAACUGUGAGGAUCUCGUCUUGAAAGUCUUUUUCGUACCAUUUACCAUCCCGGAACAUCCACUCUAAUCGUUCAAAGGUUCGCACGAAGGAAUAUCUUAAAGUUAGCAGCGGCCUCGGUGAUAUUGAAUGCAACGAUAUCGUUCAAACGACCAGGUGAAAUCCAGCGAAUCGAUUGAGAGAUUGUGCACAGUAACGCUUCAGUGGCUGGAGGAUUAUUUAGUGCUUCGAGUCGAGUGUUGUUCAUCCUGAUCGAAGAGGACCGUACAGACUAAGUUUAACGCCUAUAGAAGAUACACUAACAGCAUGUCGCGAAGUUUCCUCGUGGACUCAUUAAUCGGAAAUAAUUCGCCACCUGCGUACCCGUUGCCGUAUUACGGUAAUCAAUUGCCGAGCUAUAUGUUCAAUUUCUUCAACCUGGGUCUGGGUUAUCAGCCGAUAAGACCUGUACCGAGACCACCGGUCAUGCCCGUUCCGGUUCCAAUUAGUCCACCCACUUUGGGAAGCUUGCGACCGGUCCCUGGCCAGAGUCCUCCAUCGCCUUUAAAUACUUCUACGAGCAAACUUUCGGAUGUUUCAGCACCGUGCGAAUCACCCUCGCGUAACAGCACCCCGACGCCUCCGCCGAAGUCACCGAACUCCAUCAACAACAGCUCCAAGAGGAUUCGGACAGCCUUCACGAGUACCCAAUUAUUGGAACUGGAACGCGAGUUUGCUUCAAACAUGUACCUAUCGCGACUCAGACGAAUCGAGAUCGCGACGAAUCUAAGGUUAUCCGAGAAACAAGUGAAAAUUUGGUUUCAAAACCGCAGAGUAAAAUACAAGAAAGAGGAUCUACCUUCCGGUCAGAGUCAGAAAUGUUGCUGUCUGAGAACAUGCGGGAAGAAGAAGGAGGGCUGCAGCGACGAUGCAUCGAGUCGGAAAUGCGAGCAGGACGAUGAGAAGUCGAUGAAAAACGAGAAAAUGGACGCGGCUGACAAGUCCGCCGAUACGAUCAGCCACGAGGAAUCGUCGAAUUCCAUAGCCGAUCGUUUCGAGCAGUCGGUUCCAACGUUGCCCGUGACAGACAGUGCGCAACGGUUCUUGCAGGAAACGGAGGAGAAAUUAAAUCUUUCGAGGGUCAGUGUGAUGGCCGAUUGUUACGAGAGGAACGUUCACAAUUUAUCUAGAGGUUUGAAGAGGAAUAUGGGCGAUAUGGCCGAGGAAGCGGACGAUAAAAAGCGACGGAUCGAUGGCUCGACCUUUUAUCAGAAUACGAUUCAGGACACUGCUGUCGGGCCUGUGUUUAGAGCCAUAGGAUGCACCAAGCAUACCGUAGAAAGAAUCGUCAACUCGUAAAGAACAAAAUACGGGGUAGGAUCGCUGUGCUAAAGGAUUUUUUGCGACCACGUUCCGUGUUUUUCCAUUACGCUGUCGUUGUAAAUACAAUUCUAUCUGAGCCUUGUAAAUAUUGUAGAUAUAUUUUUGUACGAAUAAUAGGAAGAUAGAGAGACAAAGAGAGAGAGA